UUUGUUUUACAUCGCAACAACUAUUUACAGACUGAAAUGUACAUUUUUUUUGGUUUCUGUCAAUUUCAGCGGUUGCCUUGGACACAUGACGCAUCUCUGGGCCUUUCCUUGUAACCAUGGAGCUGGGAGUUGACAGGGCCUUCCCAGCAUACGUCUCUCCGAUGGAGUCCAAGGGCUGCAGUGGGCGACAGAAGACCAGGAUUCCAGAGUUUAUCCAGAGGAGUGGGACAGGCAGAACAACCCAACAUUCCAAAGACAAAGGCGAGGAGAGGAGGAAAGGGGACAGCGGUGGUUCCAGGAAGAAUGCUGACAUGGCAUCCACCUCCGGGUAUAUGAGUGACAGGAGGCAGUACACUAUAAGGACCCCGGUGGUCACCACCACGGAGCAGCAGCAGGCCUCCAUCCUAAAGAAAUCAUACGUACAGGAGCACCCAGAAAACGAGCGACAGUGGGAAGGUAGCAGUAAUGAAGCAGACCGUCAUAGAGCAGACCAUCAACAGUCCCCAAACAACCUCAACCCCUCUCAGGCUGACAUCUCACCUUGCUCAGCUUCCAAAGAGGACCUCAACACCUCCCUGGGGAUGUCAGACCUCAGGACCAGGUUGUCACAUGAAGAACUCACCUUCAGGUCACCUGGGCAGCAGCCCCGGCCGACACAGCCCCUCCAGCCGACCCCUGGAGGUCCAUAGCUUCUCUACUCCACUCAGACCCAAGUGGACCUCCACUCUGCUAUCCUCCCUCUCGCCUUCCUACAUCCCCAAUUUGCGCCCCUCCAGACAGAGACGGACAGAGCUGAGAAUGGUCGCAGGUGAAGUUUAUCAAUCACGUGAAGAGGGAGGGGAAACGUAUCUAAAUGUAGGCCCUUCAGUGGGCGACCCCCAGGUUCGCUCCAACCCUGCGCUCCACACCAUGUCCCCCCACCAGGCCAACUCCUGGCCCUGUGCCAUUUCCAGCUCCCUGCCCCACUCCCCAGACCGACACUCUUCGAGCUGGGACCCUGAUAAGGAGUAUCAGACCCUCCUGGACUACACCUACCCCCUGAGGCCAGGUAGGGGGGUGGGUGGAUGGGAUACCUCAGAGCUUGGGGGUGGGUCUCUCAUUCAGACAGACCCAGGCCUCCUGGAUUCGGGGAUAGAACUGGACCGUCUCUGCAGCUCCAUCAGCCUAUCAGCUUUGGACUUUUCCCUAAGUGUCACGGCAGGGGUGGGCACUAGUAGGGCCAGGGAGAUGGGGAUGCUGGGUAUAGGUCAGAGGUCAUCUGAGCUGCGUGGGUUCUCACACUCCAAGUCCUCUGAUGGUCGCCUCUCCACUAGCCCCUUCUUCUCUGCAGACCCUAUUGGUCUAUCAGUAGAGAGUCUGGACUAUAGUGGAAGUGGUGGUGGUCUGAACCAUUCACAUCGUAGCGGGGGAGGUCACUACCGCCAACAUGGCAGCUCCUCCUCCUCUUCCACCACGUUCAUCCGCAGAACCAGUAUCCUUCCCCGGCCAGGGUACCUCGGAGAGUGGGAUUUGGACGAGGAGUUCUGGCCUCUCCCGGAGCAGUUGGAGGAGCUCCAGGGUUUGUCCCAGCAAGUCAGGGAGGUGACGGCCCAACUCAGCCAAUCUGUCACAGCCUAUUGGGACUCCAUGGAGAGGGGGAACACCUCCGUCCAGUCCUGCAUGACCAUGGCAGAGAAACAGGAGGCAGAGGAGGAGAGAGAAGAACAGGAGCAGAAUAAGGAGGAAGAAAGGGAGGAAGAGAAGGAGAAAGAGGAAGAGUCCAUUUCUGAAGCACUUCAACACUUCAAUAAAGCGAGCAAUUGUGGGGAGUCCUUCCAGGCAGCCAGAGGCCCUGGUUUUAGGAUGGAGGCUGGGGUAGUAAGCAGGGGAGUGAGAAUGGCCAGUCUGAGGGAGGCGGCAGGCAUGGUGGGUGGACUAACCCUGCCUGAGUUCCAGACGGGGAGCCAGGGGGAGCAGGAGCAAAGGGAGUCCCUCAUGCAGCACAUCCAGACCUUCUGUUCUAACCUGGAGGUGCUCAUCCAAUGGCUGUACACGGUGGUGGAGAGGAUGGAGGUACUGGAGCCGCCCACUGUGGACAUCAAGAGUGUCAAGUCAUCCCUGGCGGAUUAUAAGAGGUUUCAGAGAGAAGUGAACACACACCAGCCCCUGACCACCUCUAUUCUGCAAACUGGAGGGCUUCUCCUGGGUUGUUUGACCUCCACUUCUUCCGUUCUGAAAGAGACCCUCUGUCUUAUUGAGAGGCAGUCCAAGGCGCUGGAGACCCACUCAGAGCACCACUUCUCCUCUAUUAUCUCGGUCAUGGACAGACUGACCCAGCCCAGGGAGUCCAGUGGGAGAGAGGAGACCCAGGCAGGAGACCCGGAUAGGAUGGCGGUCCAGAAGACCGCUCAGUGAAGGCUCUACGGUUAUGUAGAGAUUGGGAUAUGAUUACUCUAUAGCACCCUCUAGUGACAUGUUAUCAGGUUUAUUAUUUAUCAUCAGAAGAAGUGCUCUAGUCGCACAAACUGGAAUAAUAUAAUGGUGCAGAUAAAGUUCAGAAUUACAUAAUUUCACGUGUACAACAUCUAAUGACCUGUAUCACUAAAAUAAUGUAUUUGGGUGUUUUUGGAGCCUUUGUUUGUGGUUUUCCACAGCCCCCAUACUGCAGAGCAUGCAACGAGGAAGUCUAUUGCGGGUGGUUUCUCAAAACAAGGUGAAAUCGCCCAAAAAGUGUCUGCACCCUUCUGUAGCAUGCAAUUUAUAUCACAAAUAGACAUUUGGUUAAAAAAUAGUGAAACGAUCCUUGCUGUGUUGAAAAGAGACCACUUGACUGUUGUCAUGCUUUUGAUUCAUUAUUUUGUUAAGUGCUUUUUAAAUUUAAAGUGCCUUCAGAA